AUGGAGAGCCUAAAGAAAUUAGUAAAGACAAUCCUUGUUGUUUUUUCUAAUGAAUAUUUGCAGUCUUCAAAUGCUAAUGAUAUUGCUCGAUUGCUCGCGGUUGGUAAACAACGUGGAUUCCCUAGGAUGCUCAGAAACUUUGAUUGCAUGCAUUUUUUUGGUUUGUCUAGUUCACAUGACGAUAUCAAUGUGCUAGAGAGAUCUUUUAUUUUCACAGAACUGGCACAAGGUCGUGCUCCAGAAGUAAAUUACUCAGCCAAUGACAAUGAGUACAAAAUGGGGUGCUACCUUACUGAUGGCAUUUAUCCAAAGUGGUCAACUUUUGUUAAGACAAUUCCAUUUCCACAAGGGAACAAGAAGACACAUUUUGUAGCAGCACAAGAAUCAGCACGAAAUGAUGUAAAGCGUACAUUUGGGAUCCUUCAACAAUGA